UCCACAAGAAAUACCUGGCAAGAACACAGGCCGUGUGACCUGGCUAUAUAACCCUGGGACAGAGGAAGACAUGCAGCAGUUGGUUCCCUGACGCUGAACUGUAGCCACCAUGAACUGUCUGCGAGCUCUUACGCUGGUGAUGGUGGUGGUGAUGGCCGUGGUGUGUGUGGCCAUGGCCGACCCUGACCCUGAGGCAGGAGGCAGCUAUGGUCGUGGUGGAUUCGGCGGUGGUGGACUCGGUGGUGGUGGAUUCGGCGGUGGUGGAUUCGGCGGUGGUGGAUUCGGCGGUGGUGGAUUUGGUGGUGGUGGAUUAGGUGGUGGAUUCGGCGGAGGUAGAUUCGGUGGAGGAUUCGGAGGUGGAAAAUUCCAUGGCAGAAAACACGGUCACUACGGGAAGUAGAGGCUGGACACACCCGUGAACGACACCCACCCCUAAUAACGACCACAACGACCACUGAUGCCCCUCCUCAAAACUGACACUGAAACAUCUCCAACAUACGACCUCCCGAAACAACUUCCCACAAAGAAAAUGCAUAAUAAAUAAAUACAUUAUA